UUUUUUUCAAUUUUUACGGAAAAUUUAAUUUUUUACAGUCGUUUGCUUUGUCUUGCACUCAUUCCAAUGGCUUAUGUUAACAGAGCAUUUUAUGUAAUUACUGAAGCUGCACAACUUUCACAAUUAUCUGAAUUUCUUUUUUAUUUUAAACGAACAUUUAUUGGACUUACUGAACAUGAAUAUCAAAUGAAGGCAGAGGCAUUUGGAUCAAAUUUUGGACAAAACUUAAUUUAUUCGGCACCAGAUGAAGAGGAGGAGGAGCAGCACGUUUAUGAAGGUUUUCUAAAUAAAAUAUAG